AUGAUGAAGAAGAGGGAGAGGAGCAUAGAGGUUCAGAUGAUGAAGAGGGAGAGGAGCAGAGAGCUGCAGAGGAGACUGCUGAGACAAGGCUUUAUUCAGAAGAUCCCUCUGAAUGGCCUUUACCACACAAAAUGGGGGACAUAUUUAGGCAGUACAUGGUUGAAUAUGGCCCACCGAAAGUUUCUGAUGGCCCAUAUCCAAGAGCAGAGAAGAGUGACCAAGAUGCUUGCUGUGGUGGUGAUCCUUUUUGCUCUGCUCUGGAUGCCCUACCGGACCUUGGUUCUGAUCAACUCCUUUGUGCCAACACCCUACCUGGAUUCCUGGUUCCUCUUGUUCUGUCGGACCUGCAUCUAUGCCAACAGUGCCAUAAACCCUGUGAUUUACAAUGCCAUGUCUCAGAAGUUUCGCUCUGCAUUUCGAGGUCUUUACAGCUGCCAGCGACUUGAGGGAACUCAGCGGACACUAUCGACUGCCCAAACUGGCUUUGGAACCAUCCGAGAUCCUCGACACGUCCAACAAAACAGCAGCCAUGCCAAUGAAAAUGAGGAGAAGGCUGACCUGGAGACUUCAUCUGACUUGAAAGGAAAGCGUAAUAGCAGUGAGCAUCAGGAGAGAGCGUCAGUGAAUGGGAUGACGGCUGAAUAUCGAGCCCAGGUUGGCCCUGACGGCCCCGGGUUCAGAAGGAGUCCUGAGGAGACGCGGUUGGAUGGAGAGCUGGACUUAGACCAUCCACCAACCGAUACAUGUGCAGAAAGAAGUAACAAUGUGUAGGAAUUAUUAAUCCUUCCAUAAUUUCAUGCUGUGCCAUAUUUACGCAUCCAUUUUCAACCACAUGAGUUUAAGAAAUCCUUUCCAUUUGGUAUACUUGUAUAUUUUGUUAGAAGUAGAGAUAAAAGCUUUACUUUAAUAGAAGAAUAUUUGGAAGAAAAAUAUCUUUACCCUUCAAUAAUAAAUGUAAAAAAA